AUGAACGUGGUGCACUUUGCCGUCGUGCUAUGCGCGGUGAUGCUAACUCUUGUGACGUCACCAUGCUCCGCGCACCGUCGCAACUACUUCCACGGCUACGGAGGCCCCACCACGUACUACGGCUCCAAGGGAAACGCACACUACUCCUACGGCCAUGGCCACGUCACCUACCAGCCCUCGUACCGCAGGGGAGGCAAAAAAGGUGGAAGACGGAACAAAGGUGGUAAGCGUGGUGGCAGGACCAUCGUCAUCAUCCACAAGAGCAGCUACGGCCACGGGAGCAGCUACGGCGGUUACGGGCACGACUACGGCGGAUACGACAGCUUCGGGGAGAGCUACGGCUACUACCACUAG